AAACAAACAAUUAAAACGAAAGUAGGAAAAGAGGCGUAACUUUUUUCUAUCGGCGGCAGUUAGAAACGGAUGACUGCAGAUUUGCAAUUAGACGAAGUUGUAUUUUUCAAACAAACGAAAUGACAGAGGAAGAAACUGUGUGCUAUCGACAAAAGUUAGUUAAAUUUCUAGUUGCUCUACGUGACGUUGGUUUGGAAACCAAGUUCCAUAUAUAUGAUAUAUUACUGGAUCCAAACAGAACAAGAAAACGUAAAAGUCAAUUUAUUACAGUUGCUAUCGUAUCUAAAGAGGAAGUGAUUGAAGAAAACUUUUCUGUGCUAGAAAAAUUUACGGAUUAUUUACACGGACUCCAUGACCCUUCGGCUUUAGUUACAAAGGUUGUACAUUACGAACGUGUCGCAUUCGCAAUGAAUGCAGGUGAGAAAUACUUUUUUGAACACGGGGAAUGUAGAGUAUUUGAUCCGUACAGAAAGUUUCUUUUCAAAAUAAUUGAUGAAGAAACAUCACAAAAGAAGAGAAAUAAACGGAAGGAACCUUAUACACGGAAAGGAAUACACACAUUAGACAAAGGCGGUUUAGGGGUGUUAGAAAAUAUGGAAAAUGCUUACAUGAAAAUUUAUAAUAAUAUCAACGAUGCUGUUAUUCUGCUAUUUUCGUUUUAUAUUCCAUGUUCUAUUGAUUUCCACGACUGUGCCAGAGUACUACAGGAAUUCGUAAAAGCAUCUGGACAUAAACUGGUCAUUGGAUUUGAGCAUAUUCAUCACUUAACCGACCGAAAACGAUCUCUCAAAUGGCUGGAAAUAGAAAACAUUACAGUUGUCAGUAAUAAAGAACUAGAGAGACAACUCUCGUGUCAGCUGCAAGGUUUGUUAAGGCAGAAUGACGACGAUAUUGGAUGGGUGGAAUGUGAUGGCGACGUAGAUAAUACAGAAGAUGUACUUCAUGCGUUCUGUGACGAUGUUCAUGGACACAGAGUCGGAAAACAUUCCAGAUGUUCUGGAAAAAUGUUAUGUAGAAGAAUCUUAAAACAAGUAUAAUGCUUCAAACUAAAUAUUGCUAAUCACGAUAUUUUUUUUCAUUACUAUAAUGACACAUGUAGGUAUUCUUGCAUUUUCUUAUUCGAAGCACAACAUUGCCUUCAUUUACAUUAAAUUCUUUUUUGUAAAUAGUGCUUAUGAAUUAAUAAUGAAAAUAUCAUUAAAUCAGUGUCGUUUUCUUCAGAAAGUGGUAAUAUAAACAACGUCUUUUGGUUGCAAUAAGUGGAUCAUGAAAAAAUAAUGAAUUGUGAGAAAAUGAUAUUUAAACAUAUUUGUUGUUGUUGUUGUUUUUGUUGUGAAAGUGGACAAGUUUGGUCAAGACUUCUAAUACGGAGGUCAUGGGUUUGAAUUCUACUGGUGGUGGCAUGAUUUUUUUCUAUUUCGGCUUCUAUAAAAUAUACCUUGACACCCUGGAAGAAGACAAUUGCGUGUCUUAUAGCGCAUGCAUAAAUGUCUACAGUAGGUCCCAUACAUGGUGUUAGGCAUUAAUAGGAAAACAAAUAAAACAAACAAUACAUAUUUGUAUUGUAUUGUAGUAGUGUGGUGUAGUGUAGUGGGGUGGAGUGAAGUGCAGUGCAAUGUAGUGUAGUGUAGUGUAGUGUAGUGUAGUGUAGUGUAGUGUAGUGAAGUGUAGUGUAGGAAGAUCUCAGGCGCCCCUCCGUGCAUAAUUUCUGGCACGAACGGGCACCUGAUUAGAACCACAAACUGUGAGGGGCAAGUGGUUUCAAGUCAACGAUCUUAACCACUCGGUUAAUUUUGUCAAUUGUAAAAACCUGUUUAGAAGAAUAAGUACAUUCAUAUCUAUUGCAUUUUUAAGCAAGUGGGGUGUUUUCGUAUCAAAAAAGAAAAAAUAAGGGAGAUCACUUGCAUAAUUUUUCAAGCGGAGAUUUUUUCCACUGCCGAUUUCCGUAUUAGUUAGGCUGUUUUAUUUUACCCUACUAUAGAAAAGGGUUAUUAACAAAAGAAUUAAUAAUUAAAAAAACAUGUAUUAUUUUAAUCUUUUUUAAUUUCCUUAUAUUUCCGUGAAAUCAAAACACUAAUUUCAUAGCGUUUUUAUAGCUUAUUUUACAAUAAUAAUGAUAUCUCC